AUUUUAGAUUCCGAUUCGCUUUCGAAAUCGGAUUCAUAUUCAUAUAACAGAAUACAGAUACUUACCUACAUGGUAUCUACGGGGCUCCGACCAUUACUCCGAUUAAAUUUUCUAGGCGACCAAACCUGAGGCCGCAUCUACUCUACUCCGUCACUACCCACCCACGCCUAUCCAAGCUUCGCAACUGUUAAUUAUCAUCAAUUUUGAUGAAAAUUUAAUUCAUCUAGAAUUAAAAGCUAGGUUUUACGUACCCGGGGGCAUCGAAUUGCCACCCCUAGGACACAUGGCCUCACCUAUUCUUUCUAAUGGGCAGGAUUCCAUGAGCAUGCCUUUUUCCACGGAGGCAUCAAGCCGACUUAAUCAAUAUUUCCAGGUUGAUAGAGAGAGGCAGUCCUUCAUUCAUAGUAUUCUAGAGAAAUAUGAAGUCGCCACUACGAAGAUUACUGCAUUGGAGCUUGACUUAGAUGAUCAAAAAAGAUCCCGGGCGAUUUAUCAAUCCCAGGCUCUGACUCUCGAGAAUAAGGUGGAGAGACUUGAGCAUCAAAUUAAUAGGGAUUCAUUCGUUGUCGUACUUAUUGAUGGCGAUGGAGCUAAAUUUGCCGAUGAAUUCCUACGUGACCCUAAUGGGGGCGCGGAAAGAGCCGCUAUGAAGCUCAAGCAGGCUGUCCGGGAGAAUCUCAGAGACACUGGCGUUGGACAGGAGGAUAUUCCCAUAAUUGUCCGAGUCUAUGCUAAUCUCAAUGAUCUGUCUAAGUCAUUGCGCCUGUCCCGAGUCAUUGAUUAUGACGAUGAUAUGCGACUGUUUGCAGAGCGUUUCACCAAUAGUCGUGCAGACUUCGACUUCAUUAAUGUCGGAAAGGGCAAAGAGAAUGCCGACUCCAAGAUUAGACGCAUGCUUAAUCAUUACUACAGAAACAUCCAGUGCAAGAGGAUAUUCCUUGCCGGGUGCUGUCACGAUAAUGGUUAUCUACAUGACCUCCGCGAUUAUACGGGGUUUUCUGAUCGCAGACUCGUACUUUUGGAGACUACACCUGCAGAGCCUUCAUUUAGGUCCCUUGGCUUUCCUAUCAUGCGUUUCGACAAUGUAUUCCGUUCGGAGCCUUUGAACAACGAGACGAAGCACGGGUUUUCCAUGAUGCCUCCUAAGCCUUCUCCUAUUCAACCAAGUUCAACGCCGGGACCCAUUGCUCGGCCUGUGCAGCCUCUCCAAAAGUCUGCUACCAUGCCGCCUGCUUCGCAAGAACAGCGGCAUUCGUCUACCCCAACUUCGGCAUCUGGGACUCCAUCGUCGCCAAUCCAGCCCAGUUCUACACCCGAACAGCAGGCCAAUCAACCGCCACGUGCGGCAAGUGUUAUUAGCUCCGGAAAUGGCGGUACUUCGAUUAGUUAUGCGACAGCUGGUGGAGUGAAUGAUCUCCAAAAUGUCACGGUCAAGGCCCCCAAACCUAAGAAGCAGCCAAAGAUUCUAUAUUACAACGCGGAUGGUUAUCGUAUUGACCCGCCUACGCAACAUCCACCUAGAACGCCUGCCCAGACGUCUUACCAGGCCAAGUUCCAGUCUAUCAAGCCAUCGGUGUUUUGUAACGACUUUUAUCUAAAGGGCCGGUGCAAAUGGGGUGUUGGGUGCGAUAAAACCCAUGAUGCUGAAUUAACUGCGCCGGAGCUUGCUAUUCACCGCUAUAAAGCCAGAACUAGUUUGUGUCCCGCAGGGCCGUAUUGCGUCGACUAUGACUGCUACCUAUCCCAUCAUUGUCCCCGAAUUCCCUGCACUAGGGGAGAUAUGUGCCCAUUCUGGAGUACCGACAAGUGGGGAAAUCUACACCUAACGAAAGAUCAGCUGGAGGCAACAACUAAAUGGACAGAAGGUAUCGAUCUACCCGAACAUCUAAACUAGGUUUAUAGGUCAAAAAUCUAGAGGGAGAAACGACGUCCCAUGCGGACCUUGUCUUGACCUCUUCUAUGUUACAAUUAAGAACAGGUGUGGAGGAAGAAUGUCCAUCUGUUAUUUCAGGGGGGGUUGGCUGAGUGGCAGUGAGUUUUACACACAAUUUUAAGAACAAAAAAACAUUAUGUUCUUUGCCCCGUCAGAGACAACGAACACGUGAAGCUCGGGGGCGGACACCAAAAAUCUGUAUUAGGAAUACUUCUGAAGUGGUCCCAAACGAUGAAGUAAUGAUUUUUUUCAUUGUAGAGGGGGUCUUUUUUUUUUUUUUUUUUUACCUGUCCCAAUUGAGUCGAGGAAUAUGCCUCGGAGGGACUGGUAUCAUUGCUGAGCUAGGUAGUAUCUACCUCUUUUACCUACCUAGGUAGCCGACGGGCACUACAUAGUUGCUAUUAUUGAUCAUGCGUCUUCUAGUUGGGUGCUUAUCUACCUGAUUUUGUUAA